CUCGCAUUUCAAAAAUUCUGAUUUCCUGAACGCACCUUGAAACUCUCACGCACACAUACAAACACCUAAUGCCACAGAUGAUGCUAUUGUGUAAGAGACAGGUGGAUACUGGAGAUACGAGAGACGCUAACUGACGACAGAGAAGAAGAGAAGAAAAGAGAAGAGCAGAGAAGAGAAAGCAACACAAGUUGUGAUACUUCAACGGUGGCAGUUUUUGGAUCAUGAUUGACGGAUGAAUGAUAUUACGGGAACCAUGGAGAGACAUGGGAAUACGUACAUGUAUUCACAUCCUUAAACCUACAUAGACUCUACAGAUGCUUUUGAAAAGCAUCAGGAGGAUGCACAGCUUUUGCUUUGAAGGACGGUGGAGAUGGACGCAUCAUUUCCUUCUUGUAAUCUGGCUUUCACUGAUGACAGCCAAUCCAACCAAAGCACUUGGCUAUUUCCUGGGAGACACCAAGGCAGUAUUGAAUGGUUGUGAGGACCACUGGACCCUGCAGGACAGCGCCACCAUGCCGCUGCUGCUUCAGAUGACUCUAUGUGUUGACAUCCGUGUGGUGGUCCCCGGAGCUUGGGUGGCGUUCUCUUACAGCUCGGUCCUUGCACCCGGACCUGAGCUGGGUCUGGAGGGAGACGAUGAGGCACUGUAUGGGUGGCUGCUAAGGGUCCGACACAGAUUUCCUAUGCGGCUGUCCCCAACACAAUGGCAUAGAGUGUGUCUGAGGAGGGAUGUAUCGCGCAACUCCUUUAGCCUGGAGGUUAAUGGGAAAAUGGUGGCAGCGAGGACAGUGAUCGCUCAGGCCAUCCCCCCAAACGGCUCCCUGUGGCUGGGCUGUCGUCCCAGGGAUCGACCCCCUGGAGCCGUGCUCGGGGAAGUGGAGUUGUAUCUUUUCCGCAUGUGGGCAGACGUGGGCAACCAUGGCCUCUGUGAGGACGGCACUGUGAUUGGCUGGAACGCUCAGUCCUGGGGCUUGACCAGUCCCAGGGCCAGGCAGAGAGACCCAAAUCUCCUGUGUGUCGACCGCAGACAGUUGAGACGUGGGGCACGUGCUUACAGAAGCGUAACUGAUGCACUCCCAACUGGAUUUGGACGGUUAUUCCCACCUCCACCUGAAGUUCCUUCAACAACAACUUCCUCGAGUACUGUCAUAGCUACACCCGUCACACACAUGAGCAACCAGAUGUCUAAGGCCACAGUUUCAACACCCCCUGGUACCACUACAGUCAACAGCAUUCAAACAGAGCCUCCAUCUGUCACGCCAUCAGCCAAUCACAGCACAGAAACAAAGCCAUCCAACUUCCAGAAUUCAUAUGUUACACCCUCACCAAAUGGGAUCCCACUAAGCAUACUGACCCCAGUCAACCAGACCACAGCUUCCAACACAGAUUUGCCCUUCACUACCGUUCCUGUGACUGGCGCCAGCUCGGCCCAUCAGAUGUCAGCCAGUACCCAGAAUUCUCUAAUCACAUCUCUGCUUGUCAACCAAUCCACGCCUGGAGGACCACUCACAUCGGGGUUCCCAUUAGUAAACUGUGACACCAGCCAACUCUGUUCCAAUACCAAUGCUUACUUUUGGAUGCCCAUAAGUGUGACGGCCCAAGGCGACAACAAGACUGAGCAAGAUGUCCACAACUUGGUGUCAAAUGUAUUUAGUUGCCACAGUAAUGCAGCACAUGGAGUAACAGGCUUCAUAGAUUUCUGUCAGGGUGACGGACAACUUCAGGCAGUACUUGUGAACUGCAGUGCAAAAAGUAACAUAAGACAAACAACCUGCGAUAUGGUGUUGCAGCUCAGCCACGCUGUCUCAGCGUGUGAACUGCAGCGCGCCGGAGUCUCUGCACUGCAGCAAGCUGGAGACCAAGAAAUACAAGUUAAAAUCAUAGGAGAGGUGGAGAGAGUAGGUCGAGAUAUUUGUGGUGAUGUGGAGCCCUCCAGUGGCAGAUUAGUGCGGUGUACAUCCACAUCCUCCCUGGAAGAAAUCUGUCAGGCAAACAAUCACUCCAAGCUUACAUGCUCCCUCAUACAGCCCAACUCCAACCCAGCUCCACAACCUAAUACAGAAUCCUGCAGCAGUGAAGUGCCUCGCUUUUGUGACUGCACCGCUUUCUGUAAUUCUGCAAGCCAGUUUUUUGCCAUGAGAAUCAAUAUUAACAGUGCCUCUUUUAAUGUUGACUCCCUAAAAGUACUGCUCUCUGGACUUGGAGCCCGCACAUGUAACCCAAUGUCAGGGUAAGUCUCUAUCCA